AUGGAUUACUCAAUGUGUUUUAUUCUAGGCGCACUCCUCAGCGUUGCCUUUGCACAAACUCGUCAGUACUACUUUGUAGGCUCUGCACAAACCUGGACAAACGCCCAGAGUGUCUGCAGACGGGACUACACCGACCUGGCCACCAUUGAAAACUUGGCCGACGUUGAUGCUGUUCUCAGGACAAAUCCUGGCUAUUCGGGCAAUGCUUGGAUAGGCCUCUAUGAUGAGUUGUACAACAGCUGGAAAUGGUCCCUGAAUGACAGCAGCUUCUAUGGAGCUGGAGAGUAUACAUUUAGGAACUGGAUAGCCGGCUCACCCAAUGACCUCGGUGGACAGCAGCACUGUGUUAGGUUUUUAAGUGACAACACGUAUUUGGGUGGGUGGGAUGACCGUCAGUGCUUGGACCUGAGACGUUUUUUGUGUUACACUGGUAUUGUCGGUGGCUCGCCGUCUUAUUUCGUCAGUACCCAAUCACUGAAUUGGACCGAAGCUCAGCGAUUCUGCAGAGAGAAUUAUAUUGACCUGGCCAGCAUUCGAAAUCAAGCAGAAAAUAAUAACAUCAGGACACUACUGGGUGGCAUCGAGGUGUGGAUUGGGCUUUAUCGGGACAAACUGUGGUCAGACAGCAGCCCCUCUCUGUUUCGACACUGGGCGGCCGGUCAGCCAAACGAUGAUUACAGUCAAUGUGUUGCUGCUUCAUUCAGCGACUCGGGAAAAUGGCUGGACGAAGACUGCACCCAGAGUUUUCCUUUCAUCUGUUACAAACCAAUCCCAGCCAACAUAGAGGGCUUCAGGGCAUCAAGUCAAAAUGAGAGCAGCAUCACUCUGCAGUGGAAUAAGAUAAACAACAACAUCAGCUUUGUUCUCCAGUAUGACGGCACAGAGACAAACAUCAGUUCACCAGCUGGAGAUGGACCAGUGUUGCAUACAGUCACAUCUCUCACUGCUGGAACCAGAUACACAUUCAGUCUCUUCUCUGUGUUGGAUAACGUCAGAAGUAGUGGAGUCAGCAUUGCUGUCGUUACCAAACCUCAAAAUGCAGAAGGCUUCAGGUCAUCCAUUCAAAAUGAGAGCAGCAUCACUCUGCAGUGGAAUAAAAUCAACAACAGCACCAGCUUUGUUCUCCAGUUUAAUGGAUCAGAAACAUUCAUCAGUUCACCAGAUGGAGAUGGACCAGUGAACUACACAGUUUCAUCUCUCACUGCUGGAACCAGAUACACAUUCACUCUCUUCUCUGUGUUUGAGAGCAUCAGAAGCAGUGGAGUACAACUUACUGCUGUCACUGGUAAGAUUCUUAACUUAAUUUCCACAUGGCUUUAAUUUAACAAUA